UUCAAAAAUGGAAAAAGUAGUGAGGUGGGAAGCUACUGUUACAGAAAGUCCUUUGAUGCAAAUCACAUGCCCAGAAGACAUCAGGGAAACAGAUUAGUACUUGUAACCCAUAUUAAAACAUUAAAAAUAGUAUCUAAUUUUCUUUUAUUUGCUUAUCAUUAGGAUUUUGGUGAAUUUAUGAGGGAAAACAGAUUAACUCCUUUUCUAGACCCCAGAUAUAAAAUUGAUGGAAGUCUUGAGAUCCCUUUGGAACGAGCAAAAGAUCAGUUAGAAAAACACACUCGUUACUGGCCUAUGAUUAUUUCACAAACUACAAUUUUCAAUAUGCAAGCGCAGGUGGUUCCAUUAGCCGGUGUUAUUGUGAAAGAAUCUUUGACAGAAGAAGAUGUAUUAAACUGUCAAAAAACAAUAUACAAUUUAGUUGAUAUGGAAAGAAAAAAUGAUCCUCUGCCUAUUUCUACAGUUGGUACAAGAGGAAAGGGUCCUAAAAGAGAUGAACAAUACCGUAUCAUGUGGAAUGAAUUAGAAACCCUUGUCAGAGCCCAUAUCAACAACUCGGAGAAACAUCAAAGAGUUUUGGAAUGUCUGAUGGCAUGUAGGAGCAAACCCCCAGAAGAAGAGGAAAGAAAGAAACGGGGAAGAAAGAGGGAAGACAAAGAGGAUAAGUCAGAAAAAGCAGUGAAAGAUUAUGAACAGGAUAAAUCUUGGCAAGAUUCAGAGAGGUGAUACCCACUUGGGUGGCAGCAGUAGAGAAGGCUCAUUUAAAGAAACGAUAACACUAAAGUGGUGCACACCGAGGACAAAUAACAUUGAAUUACACUAUUGUACUGGAGCAUACCGAAUUUCACCUGUAGAUGUAAAUAGCAGACCUUCUUCCUGCCUUACUAAUUUUCUAUUAAAUGGUCGCUCUGUUUUAUUGGAACAACCACGAAAGUCAGGUUCCAAAGUCAUUAGUCAUAUGCUUAGUAGUCAUGGAGGAGAGAUAUUUUUGCAUGUCCUUAGCAGUUCUCGAUCCAUUCUAGAGGAUCCACCUUCAAUUAGUGAAGGAUGUGGAGGAAGAGUUACAGACUACCGUA